ACAAGACCCAGUGAGAAGUUAAAAUUUUGAUAAAAUGUUGGAGAUUAGUGAGAUUUUUAUAGCUCUAGUAGUGUGUCUCCUGAUUUUGCAGUUCCUCAAGCUGCAAUGGAUGCGAACCCAGCUUCCUCCAGGACCAGUUCCCCUCCCCAUCAUCGGAAAUUUGUGGCUGCUGGACUUCAAACUUCGCCGAGAAACGCUCAGUAAGUUAACCAACAUCUACGGAAACAUCUAUACACUGUGGAUGGGACAGACACCUCUGGUUGUGCUGAAUGGAUACAAAGCAGUAAAAGAUGGCAUUGUCACCCACUCAGAAGAAGUUUCUGGAAGACCUCUCACCCCUUUCUACAGGGAUAUGAUGGGCGAGAAAGGUAUUUUCCUGACGAGUGGCCACACUUGGAAGCAGCAGAGACGCUUUGGCAUGACAGUUAUAAGAAGUCUGGCACUUGGUAAGAACAAUUUGGAGCAUCAAAUUCAAACAGAGGCCUCUCAUCUUGUGGAUAUCUUUACAAAUACAAAAGGCAAACCUUUUGACCCCCACACUUCCAUCGUCCAUGCAAUUGCAAAUAUCAUUUGUGCUGUUGUUUUUGGGCAUUGCUUCUCCAGUGAGGAUGAAUCUUUCAGCAAACUCAUCAAAGCUAUUUAUUUUGUGAUCUACUUUCAAGGUACUAUCUGGGGCAGGCUGUACGAUGCUUUCCCAUGGCUCAUGCACCAUCUCCCAGGGCCUCAUCAGGAUGUGUUUGCAUACAACGACUUCAUGCACACAUUAGUCAUGAAAGAGGUCCAGGCUCAUGAGAGGCACAACACAGGAAAUCCACAGGAUCUCAUUGACUUCUACCUGGCUCAAAUAACAAAAACCAAGGACGACCCUACUUCUACAUUCAAUAAAGAAAACAUGGUUCAGACUGUGGUUGAUCUCUUGCUGGGAGGGACAGAAACAACAAGCACCACCCUUCUCUGGGCACUGCUCUACAUGGUGCAAUACCCAGAAAUACAAGAAAAAGUUCAAAGGGAGAUAGAGGCUGUUCUGGAACCCUCGCACGUUAUCAGCUAUGAAGACCGUAAGAAGCUGCCCUACACAAACGCUGUCAUUCACGAGGCUUUGCGCUACAGCAAUGUCACCUCUGUUGGGGUCCCUCGGCAGUGCCUGAGGAGCACAACUCUGCUGGGUUUCCACAUUAAAAAGGGCACGCUUGUGUUGCCAAAUCUGCACUCUGUGGUGUAUGACACUGAGCACUGGGCAACCCCUUGGAAGUUCAACCCAGAUCAUUUCCUAGAUUUGGAUGGCAACUUCGUGAACAAAGAGGCAUUCUUACCUUUCUCAGCAGGACAUCGUGUUUGUUUGGGAGAACAGAUGGCACGAGUUGAACUGUUCAUCUUCUUUACCAACCUCCUUCGGGCAUUUACAUUCCAGCUCCCCGAGGGAGUAAAGGAAAUCAAUCUGGAGUACAUUUUGGGUGCAAUAUUGCAGCCACAUCCAUAUAAACUCUGUGCUAUUCCACGCUAGUCUGCAACACACUGCAAUGCUGAGAGACUUCAGCCUGCUA